AUGAUCUGGUCGCUCCUGCUGACCCUGCUUCUGGUGGGGUCUAGUCAUGGGAAAGCAGUGUUUGCCCACUUCAUGGUAUUUCUGUCCCUCGAUAUCAAGGACGACAUCUCCAAAUCGCAAGAGGCUCAUAUUGAUGCCUUUGCGCUCAACAUUGCAAAUGGCGAUCCGAUCAACAAGGAGUCGCUUCCAAGGUUCUUCGAUCAGGCCGAUGCACUCGGCUUUCACUUAUUCUUCUCUUUUGACUACGCCGGGAAUGGCCCUUGGUCAAUGAACGAUGUGAUCAACUUGAUCAGCACCUACAGUGGUAGGGACUCGUACUACCGCCACCAGGGAAAGCCCCUCGUGUCGACCCUUGAAGGACCGGGCAGCUCAGAUGACUGGCUCGCCAUCAAGCAGCGGACUGGCUGCUUCUUUAUCCCCGACUGGUCGUCUCUUGGAGCCAAACCGGCCCUGCAACUGGGCACAGCAGAUGGUCUUUUCAAUUGGGCUGCCUGGCCAUGGGGCCCGCAGGAGAUGAACACCUAUGUCGAUGCCUCGUACAUUGAAUAUCUCGAUGGCCUUCCCUAUAUGAUGCCUGCGGCGCCAUGGUUCUAUACCAACCUUCCUGGUUACAAUAAGAAUUGGCUUUGGCGUGGCGAUAACUUGUGGUACGACCGAUGGCAAGAAAUCUUAUUUGUGAAGCCAGAUUUCGUGGAAAUUAUCUCGUGGAACGACUACGGCGAGUCGCACUAUAUCGGCCCCUUACGAGAGCACGCCAUGGAGGCCUUCAAUAUUGGCCGAGCUCCAUACAACUACGCCACUAACAUGCCUCAUGACGGCUGGCGUCUGUUCCUACCCUUCUUGAUUGAUACGUACAAGUCUGGCACCGCUAAGGUCGACAAGGAAGGCUUGACUGUGUGGCAUCGACCACAGCCGGCGGCAGCCUGCAGUUCCGGUGGAACGUCUGGGAACACUGCCAGUCAGCUGCAGAUUGAGUUCCCCCCAACCGAGAUUGUUCAGGAUCAUAUCUUCUUCGCUCUGCUCGGCUCUCCCGCAACGGUUGCCGUCAGUGUUGGUGGUGUUGCCCUGCAGGCGAGCUGGACCUGGCAGCCCGAGGGCGACGUUGGAAUCUACCACGGCAGUGUCCCCUUUGGAUCCCACUUAGGAGACGUCGUUGUAACGCUUCAGCGAGACGGCAAGCAGAUUGUCCAAGUCCAGGGGAGCUCCAUCUCUACCGAUUGCGUGCAGAACCUGACGAACUGGAACGCCUGGGUUGGAAGCAGCAGGGGCAGCGAAAGCGUCAAUGUAAAGCCAGGCUUGAGCCUCUUCAAGCAAGAAUGCAUCAAUGGCACUGGUACCAACAACUUUGCCGGGCUGUGCGAGUUCGCCUGUUCAUACGGCUACUGUCCAAUCGGUGCCUGCUACUGCCAACAGCAGGGCGAGGCCAAGACGACGCCCAACGCUACCGGUCCGACGGGGUAUCCCGCCGACGGAAAGAGUGCCAGCUAUAGCGGCCUCUGCGCAUUCGACUGCCCGCUGGGAUAUUGCCCACAGGCAGCGUGUGGGACUAUUUCUGCCCCGCUAAGUACGCCAACUGUCUCGGAGUUCUUGCCGCCGGCUUGUAUUGCUGGCACCGGGGAGGGCAACCUAGCUGGUCUGUGUUCAUUCGCUUGCAACCUCGGUCACUGCCCUAUUGCCGUCUGUACGUGCACCGCGCACGGCGCGCUGCACACUCUCCUGGAGGCGACUGGUGACGUGGUUGUCGCUGCUCCUGGGCUGGACGAAGCCAUUUACAUAGACUUAUGCGCCUUCACUUGCAGCGGCUCCGGGGAUGUCUACAUUGACCCGAUCAUCUUCGCGGAACCUUCGCCCAUCGUGGAGUGCAUCCCGCCCUGCAACCUCAUCUUCCCAGAGCAGAUCCUGCCCACGCCAACUACCAUCUAUCUUUACCCGCUGACUACAUCGUUUACCGUUGGUGGCUCGAUCGUCACAACGACUCUCCACCCUAGCCCAAUCACCACGUUGACCAUCCAGUACUUCAACAUGCCCGUCCAUGCCGGGCAGACAAACCCCUUCUCUUUCUACAUGACGCCCAGCUACCUUCCGAGUCCGAUUGUGGUCAGCGCCGGGGAUGAGACCCGUACAGUCUUUCUCCCUCCUGCAACCGUGCAGUCCUACCGCGGCGACGAUGGACCGGGCCCCUUUUACAGCCUCAACUCGACUUAUUAUAUCGUCAACGACCAGACCUACACCUACUCAGAAGCGCAGUUCCCCUCCCUGAGUGAUCUUCCAACCCCAACCGUUUCCACUACGACGGUCUUCAGGGACUAA